AUGCCAGACAACAACAGCACCGACUCUUCGCCAGAACGUAGCUCUAGUAAUCCCGGCAACAACCUCCGUCGCCAGGUUCCACACGACGGUACUUUCCAGAACACAGCGUUGGACUCCAGUGUUCAUCUAGCGGGACUCAUUGCAGAGUUCCAAGAAUUGCAUAGGAAUAUGUCGGAGAGAGAGGCUGAGAUACGUCGCAAUCCCCCUGACAAUAUGCCAUUGCCCACUAGGGGCGCCAAUAUCAACUUUACCUCCCUCAGAUCCCAAGCUUCUGCAAUUCCAGGACAGCCUGUUCAAGGUGCUAACGGCACAACACCUCUUCUUGCUAUGGAACCCAGCGAUCCUGCCCAUUCGGUGAUCAAGAAGCCUGUCACGACACUGGUCAGCUCGCUACCACAGACUACAUAUUCAGACCAAAAGGAUUCAGCGGAGACUACUCUCGAAUAUAUCAAAGUGCAGCGCGCCGUACUUGACUAUCUCGGCAAAAGGGCCGCCGAUACACUCACUCAGAGACAAGCCUGUGCCUGGACGGCAGCUAUUGAGCCAACGACCAAGAAGCCAGCAGCCCAGGAUGCGCUUCGCCUGUGUUACUACAUGCGAUCACAAGGCUUCGAUACUUACGCGGGGCUUAAAGGUAAGAUCCUCCUCUUGUUCGUAGCUGAACCAAAUGGCCAAGAUGGAGGAGAAGUUUUGCCGUACUGGAAGCAGGACUUUUCGACCGACCAGAUAAUUCACUCAGUGUCGUCAGAAUUGAGGAAUGCCAAUGGGAGGAGAAACGCCAUUGUAGGAGGACAUGCUCCGCCCGUUGGAGGAGGCCACAACCUAGGCACCAAUGACAUGUUCGCGGGUAUGAGGGGUAGUGGCCCUUUUGGUCCGAUACCAGGGACCCUCGAUAACCCUGAGGAUGCUGGCCGGUACGAAGACGGUGAAGUGGAUUGGGCGGGAGAGCUUGACGUGCUAGACGCAAUGCUCACAAGAGCACGAACUACAGGCUACCGCACUCAGCAAGCACCGACAGCUCGACAGCCACCACCACCGCCGCCACCGGCCCAAGGACAAGCACAACGCACACAGCUGGAAGCCCGUAUGGCGGAAGCGCAAGCCAACUUGGACAACAUUCUCUCUGCCACGACGUCUAACCCAGGGCUCAUUGAAAGCGCGAUUUCGCAAGUUGAAGGGAUUCAGCGACUGUUGGAUCAGGUCUAG